GCUUGCCGUGCCCGGCCGCCCGCGCCGCUGUCCCCGCGCUGCUGUCCCCGCGCGCUCUUCUGCCUCUGGUUAGGAAGAUGACUGUGGGGAGGUCCGCCGGAGCCCCCGAGUGCGCGGAGUGCAGCCGUGAGAUAUUUCCCCCCAGAUCCUCCUCAGACAGUGAGCCAGAAGAUGAGCUGUCUGGAGAAGGGCUGCUUUUGCCCAGAGCUGGUAAACUCCAUGAGUUCCUCAGCCCAGAGGAGGAGACAGACUCUUCUGACUACACUGGGAGCUUUUACAGGACCUUACAGGUUCGAAAGCAGAACGGCAGGUGGAGUCUCGUGGGGUCUCCCUUUCCAUCUGACCCAGACAGUGGUGAGAAUAGCUCUGAAGAUGAGGAAGACUUGGAGAGUUUCUUCCAAGACAGGAGCAGGGGGAAACCACAGGUCCAGGACCCUUCAUCUCUCAGCACUGCUUUCUCCUCCAGAUGUGGCUCCAUGAGGCGCUGCAGCUCCAUGACCAGCCUCCCCUCUGACCUCCCCAAGGCUCCGAUCCCGCCAGCCUCAGACUCGGGGCCUCCCUCCCAGCACAGAAGCGUUUCCUCCUGGGCAUCCUCCAUCACUGUCCCUCAACCCUUCCGCAUGACUCUGCGUGAGGCCCGGAAGAAGGCCCAGUGGCUGGCCUCGCCUGCCUCCUUUGAGCAGGAGAGGCUGCAGGCCCAGAAACAGGGCCAGGAGGAGGCAGAGUGCUACCGGCAGUUCCGGGCCCAGCCUGUGCCCGCGCACGUCUACCUGCCGCUCUACCAGGAGAUCGUGGAGCGCAGCGAGGCACGGAGGCGUGCAGGGAUCCAGAAGAGGAAGGAGCUGCUUCUCUCCUCCUUGAAGCCUUUCAGCUUCCUUGAAAAGAAAGAGCAGCCAAAGGAAGCCGCUCCACAGAGAGACUCGGCUGCAGUGGCUCCGGCCAAGGUCCCCCUAAAGAAGGCCACUAGAAGGAUUCCCAAGGCCGUUCUGGAACCAGCCCUUGGGGACAAACUCCAGGAAGCGGAGCUCCUCAGGAAAAUUCGAAUCCAGAUGCGAGCCAUAGACACGCUCCAGAAGGCUUCGUCCCCCAUCAGCACCUCCAGUAGCCGGGCUCCCCGCACCGCUGCCCGCACCCAGGAGGAAAAGCUGAGCUUUCUACAGACCGAGUUCGGAUUCCAGCCGCGGGUGAACUCUGUGGUCCCUGACUACGAGGGUCUUUACAAGGCUUUCCAGAGAAGAGCGGCCAAGAGAAGAGAGACCCGGGAGACAACUCGAAACAAGCCCUUCCUGCUCCGGACUGCCAACCUGUGCCACACUCCGCGGUCCUGUGAGGCCACUGCUGCUGGAGGAGGGAGGAUGGGGACCCAGAAGUCGCCUCGGCCAGCAGCUACACCCCUGCCAAGGAGUCGUUCUCUGAGUGGCCUUGCCUCCUUCUCUGCCAACACUCUCCCUGUGCACAUCCCAGAUGCCACCAGGAAGAGGGAGUCUGCAGUCCGAAUGUCACUUGAAAAAAAGGACAAACCAGACAUUCAGUGGUUGGAGAUGCACAAAAAGAACUGUCAAGCCAUGUCUAAAUCUGUGACCUUGCGGGCAAAAGCCAUGGAUCCCCAUAAAAGUCUGGAAGAGGUGUUCAAAGCGAAGCUUAAAGAGAACCGGAACAAUGACCGUAAAAGAACAAAGGAGUACAAGAAAGAGCUGGAGGAAAUGAAGAGAAGAAUACAAACGAGGCCCUACCUCUUUGAACAAGUUACCAAGGCGCUGGCCAGGAAAGAAGCAGAAGAGCGGUACCGGAACACCCUGCGGCAGGCUGGCCUGGAGGAAGAGUUCGUGAUAACCAAGAGUCAAGGCCCACGGGCUGUGCAAAGCAAGGAGAAAGGCAGAGUCAAGGAUUCUUCACAGUAUUGUUUUUUCAGCAUCCAUGAAACUAUAAAACUCAACAUCGGAGAUUCAUGGCAGGAUUUAGAAGACUCUAGACCAGCCUGCUGACCCAAGGAGGAGCUGGAAGAGCAGUGGCUUGAACAGCUAACCAGAUUGCUUGUUGAAGCAGUUCACUCAUCAUUAUCCCAUUUGAUCAUCAGGCAGCCAACUAACUAGGUGAGGAGCUUGAGUUUAGAAUCAUGGCUACUGUUCGGGAAUGGGAGGCAGUAACAACAGAAAUGGCCUGCAGAGAUCAAAGUGGAGUGGAGGGGGAGGGGUCCUGGCCCAGUGUUAAAGGGUCUUGUUUUGCACUUGACACUACGGAGCAGGAAUAGAAAAUAAGGUCCACACCUGUGGGGUAGGUAUAAGGAACGCAGGUAGAAAAACAGGUAGCAACGAGGAAAUGGAGAUCCAGGACCGCUGGACCAAACACAUUCUCAGCAGCAGCCAGAAAUACGGUGUGGGAAAUAAAUUAUAUUUCUCAUUAGUCCACAUCUGCAACCUUAAGCACAGGCUUUAUCAUUAGCAUCUGACUGACACACAGGGACAGGUCAGUUUCUAUCUCUACUGUAUGCCCUGAGGCACCCCUCUUGGGGUUGUUGAAAUGAAAAAUGUUUCCAGAUAUUGCCAAAUGGCCUCUAGAGGGCAAAAAAGUCCUGGAUUGAGAAUCUCUGCUGCAGAAAGCAAAGACUGGCAAUUUUGGAAAAUCAAGUAAUUGCUAUGAACUUGGUCUCCAUACUAAAGAAUAAUCAUGCAUGCCAGUAACAAAUUCAGAACAGCAGUUUUUUUUUGCCAUUCUUUGAGAAUACAGCAGUGUUUGCAUGUCUGCAUUUUAAAUAAAGCUCAUUUUAAAUAAAACUUCUCUGACCACUA